UUUGUUAUUGUCGUGUUAGUUGUGUUAGUGUCGGUUGUAAACGCCAAUUGCGAUUUUGUUUACCUUCAUAAUUUUUAUAUAGUUAUGGAAAAUAUAAAAUUAAUACAAAAUACUAAAGAAAAUAAAUGUGUCAUGACGGACAUUGAAGAUAGUGUCAGUUUCGAAAAAAUAGUUCAGUAUCGUAAAUUAGAGAGUGGAGUUGAAGAAUACAAGUUCAGCUGCAUUUCUUUUAUUUGGUUGCCUGGUGAUGUGGUUAGGUCUAAGUAUUCAUCUUUAUUGCAAGAGUUUCAGAAAUCACAGAGAACAGUUGAAGAAGCAGAAAACAAACCUCCACCAAAAAAACGUGGCAGAAAAAAAAAGAUAAAAACUUUAGAAAAUCAUGAACAGCCAUCUAUCAUGAAAAGUCCUGUAGAUUCUCUAAAAAAGCCAUGGAGGAGUAAACGCCUCAAAGAAAGCAAUGAUCGAAACAAUACUACAGAAUUUUACUGUAAAUACUGCGAAAAAAUAUUUUAUACAGAGUAUAUUUUUAAAGAACAUAUUCAAGAUCAUGAAGAUGAAGGAAUCGACGUUGAUAAUGAUUUUAAAGAUGUAGAUUUGACAAAGGCUUACACAACAAUAUUAAAAGGAAAAAGGGUGGAGUAUCAAUGUUGUCAGUGCAAUCAGUUGUUUCGUGAGAAGCGUGACGCAAAAACACACAUACGAGUGCACGAUGGAACAAAUCCAUGGCAAUGUAAAAAGUGUGGAAAACACUUUUUGAGAAAACAUAAGUAUGAACGUCAUAUGUUAGUCCACGCUGGCUCAAAAGAUUUUGAAUGUGAAAAAUGUGGUAAAAGGUUUAGUGGUCAGGAACAUUUGCGUAGACAUACUAUACUUUGUAGUUUAGAUGGUCUUCAGUGUCCGACUUGCGAUAAAUCUUUUGCAGAAAAACGUUUUCUUAUUUCUCAUAUGAACACUCACGAUGAUAUUGAUGAAAUGUACUGUCCUUCGUGCGAUAAACACUUUAUACGCAAAGCUGCCUUCGAAAACCAUAUGGUUCUACACUCAAAGAGUAAGCCUUUUAUUUGUAGUACGUGCGUCAAAGAUUUUUCAAAUAAAUUAGAGUGCAAUGAACACAUGAAAACUCAUACAGAAGAUAUGUUUAGAUGCGAUAGUUGUUGUGAAGUGUUUAGUUUGCCAGAAGAUCUUGAAAUGCAUUAUAAAAUGUCAGAAGACUGUCUUGACUUUGCUUGUACUGAAUGUAAUUCCCAUUUUUUUGCGGUCGAAGAUCUUAUAACACAUUUGAAAGCUUAUUCACAAUUGAAGAACGAUGACUCCGUCUUAUUAUGCCGCUUUUGUCAACGUGGUUUUCACACAUCAGAUGUAUUAUCAGACCACCAAAAAACUUGUCAUAUAGCUGAAAAACCAAAAGUAUGUAUUCAAUGUGAUGAUGUUUUUGGAACUGAAGGACUACUUGCUAAACAUGUUUUAGAUGCGCAUACAUUAAAGGAUACAAGCAUUGGCGAAAAACUUUUUCCUUGCGUUGAUUGCCCUCAAGGCUUUGCGGAUGCGAUGAGUUUAAAAAUGCAUAUUAAAGAGCAACACGAAGAAAACGAUUUCAAGUGUUUGCCAUGCGAUAAGAACUUUACAUCAAAAAUUGAUUUAAAUAAACAUUUAGUUACUAAACAGCAUUUAAAAGCAAUCGAAAAUAAAAACGUUUUACAUGUUACGCAUUCUUGCAACGUUUGCGGAAAGUAUUUUAAUAGUUUAAAUGAACUCAAAAAACAUCAACUUGUUCACCAAAGAGUUGAUUUUCGACCAGAUCAAGAGACUUUUAUGCACCACUCAGGCGUAAUGAAUGAAACACCUGUAUAUUUAAAUGAAGGUUUAGUCAGCAUUGACAUUGGUGAAGGUCAAAGAGUUCUUAUUAGUGAAGAGCAAGCGGCAAUGAUGAACGCAAUAAACAUUGACGAUGCAGGUAAUAUAUCUCUUCUUUGUUUACCUAAUGAUUCUCAAAAUAAAAACGUUAUGCAAAUAGUGUCUAAUCAGUACAAUGCUUUCAAUCAAGAAUCUUUAAAACAUGAAAACACUAAUCUUAGAUCAAACAUUACAGAAAAACAUUUAGUAUCUAAUAAUAUAUCGAACAAUAGUCAAUCGGUUCAAUUUCUAGUUUAUGACGAUCGAAGUAUAAAGCUACAGACAUCUUUGCAGCAAAAUAACGAUGCGCUAAAUCAUAACCAGUCGAUAACGUUUAAAAAAUCAGAUAAUGGCUUAGGCAUUAAUGCUAUACCAGAUUCUAGACUCAAUCAAGAAACCAUCAACAAUAUGAGGUCAUUAGAAGAAAAUGUAGAAAUAGGUAACACUAUUGACGACGAAAGUAUGGGAAUGACGUUAGAUUUCGGACGUGCCCAAACCGUAAGCGAAGAGACUUUUUUAGCCCUGACUCAAAUGGUUCAACAGGGACAUGUAGAUCUUUCAAGUUUUCAAAUGUUGCAAAAUAAUACUGCGGAAUAGUUAAUAGCGGUUCAUGAUUUUAAUCUUGUUGUAAAUUUCAAAGUUUACCUUUUACCUGUUCAAAUAAUGUUUUUAUAAAGUUAUAAUAUAUAAGGAUGGGGACUAACUUUAAAACUUCAUUCAAUGUAGUA